AUGGAAAGAAAACUCUUGAGGUAUGUUCUUCUUGUCCUGAGCAUAUGCCUCUUUGGCCAAAUGAUUGUAGAAGCUGCAAGAGAAGGAGUUGGAUCCAUGAGAGACUCAGGAUCCCGCAAGAGCAGUGAGAUGAGUAAGAGUAAUAAUCAACACCUAACCGGAUACGGAGGCGAUAUCACAACCGGAGGAGGCUACGGUGGUGGAGUCGGGCCGAGUUUCGGUGGCGCAUUCGGCGGUCAUGGCAGUAUCGGCGGCGGGGUUGUGGUUGGUGGAGGGUUCGUUCCUGUGGGAGGGUAUGGCUCGGGCGGAGGAAGUGGGCCCGGAUACGGAGUUGGAGGAGGAGGCGUAGGAGGAGGCGGCUGCAUUGGCCCUUGCGACGGUGGAGGGUAUGGACACGGCGGCUCAAACCUCCCGUCCGAGACCGGCAAGAAGAACUAG